CCAUGCAGCGAGAUCCAGCCAUCCGACCAGGGAGGGAGGUUGCAGGAUCUGGUCCCGUGCAGCUUCCUUGCCGCCGCCGUCUGUGCACCUCCGAGAGCGAGCGGCCGGCCGGCCAUCCUCAUCCGAUCAUGUGCUUGCGCUUGUGUCAGGCUCAGGAAGUGAGCCUCAUUCCUCCCUUGCCGCUUCCUUUCUCUUGACUGCGUUGUCGUGCGUGCUAAGUCGCUUCGUCUGCACCGGCUUGAGCUGCUUUUGACGCGGUCGCUGGUCCGGAGCCGGGCUCCUCCUCCUCCUUCUCGUCCUCAUCGCGGAGACGCUCAUGGAGGCCCCGGUGAAGGAGACUCGGGAGUCGUUCCCCCUGCCCACUCUCACGCCGGCCGUGCCCCCUUACGUGACCCUGGGUCUGACGGUGGUCUACAGCGCCUUCUACUCACUGCUCUUCAUCUUCAUCUACGUCCAACUGUGGUUGGUGCUGCGCUACCGGCACAAGCGCUUCAGCUACCAGACCGUGUUCCUGUUCCUGUGCCUGCUGUGGUCGGCCCUGCGCACGGUGCUCUUCUCCUUCUACUUCAAGAACUUUGUGACGGCCAACACUUUGGGGCCUUUUCCCUUCUGGCUGCUGUACUGCUUCCCCGUGUGCCUGCAGUUCUUCACACUGAGCCUCAUGAACCUCUACUUUGCACAGGUCGUGUUCAAGGCCAAGUCCAAAUAUGCACCAGAGCUCCUGAGAUACAGGCUGCCACUGUACCUUGUCUUCCUGUUCAUGAGCGUGCUGUUUUUGGCCGUCAACUUGGUGUGCGCCAUGCUAGUGAGGACAUCGUCUGCGGACGCCCGCACUGUGGUGCUGGUGAGGGUUGCCAUCAACGACACCCUCUUCGUCCUGUGCGCCGUCUCGCUCUCGCUGUGUCUCUACAAGAUUGCCAAAAUGUCCUUGGCUAACAUUUAUCUGGAAUCCAAGGGAACGUCGGUGUGCCAGGUGAGUGCCAUAGGAGCCAUUGUUAUCCUCCUGUACACGUCCAGGGCCUGCUACAACCUGGUGGUCCUGGGAUUGUCCAAUAAGAGCAUCAACUCCUUUGACUAUGACUGGUACAACGUUUCUGACCAGGCGGAUCUACAGUCCACUCUAGGCGACACAGGCUACGUGGUCUUUGGGGUGAUCUUGUUCAUAUGGGAGCUGCUCCCCACUUCUCUUGUGGUUUUUUUCUUCAGAGUCCGCCAGCCCAACCUGGACAGGACCGGCUCUGGGAUUCCAAGUCACGUCUUCUCGUCCAGGGCUUAUUUCUUCGACAACCCUCGGCGUUACGACAGUGAUGAUGACCUUGCAUGGAGCGUCAUGCCUCAGAACAUCCAAGCCAGUUUGGUUGCCGACAGUUACGAGUGGGGGAGCCAGAGUAACAGCAUAAGCGCGUACGUCGGAGGGGACGACAUUUACCACCUGCCGCCUCCUCCAGAGGAGCUCAACCAUUACUGACAUGAGGUCACAAUGAAUUCCUUGACUCCAAAUGUUUUUUGCACACCGUUACUAUCCUUGUCAAGCACACUGGACUCGAUAUAUUCACAUUAGUUCAAUAAAAGAACGUGCCAGUAUAGGAAGGACUACUUAUGGGAAGACGAUUUGCACAAUUCAUGUACAAACAGGGCCCAAUCUUACUACCCGUUUUUUUUCCUGUUAUAUUGAUAUCUGAUUAAUAUAUUUCCUGACCCUUUGUAUUAUGCACUCUAUCCCUAUGUACUGUAUGUGUAUUUCUUUUCAUUUAUUAUAUAGUAGUUUAGAUCAUGAAAAUAGAUUGUAGUGAAAUAUAUAUUUUUAAAGUCACUUAUUUUUUUCUGAUAAAUGGACACAAGUAAAUAGAACAGGUUGAUCAUUUUUGUGCAUGUAAUUCUAUGCAGAUGCAUCUCAUUAAAUUUGAAUUUCAUAAAAGUCCCUAUCCCAAAAUGUGGACGUUGUUGUCCUCAAAGGCAUAUCCCUUCCGUUUGAGAGACUUUGUUUUUAAUGCUCGCUAUACUGUACAGUAACUAUCAGAAGAUUGAUCUUAAUUGAACUAUUUAAUGGAUGCCAAAAAUAUCAGCACUUGGCUCCGGUGGUCAGUCUUCUCCAAAACAAUCCUUGUUCUUAUUGGUCAUCAGCCCCAUCCACAAUGAUAUGCCUAAAGGGGUCCUUAUUUGUGAAUUUUAGUAAGUCCAUCAAUUAGAAUUAAAGAAGCUUUUUACAUUUAAGGUGAAACAGAUUCACCAAACAUUUCCACUUACCUCGAUUCAACCAGCGUGUAAUGCUGUCCUGUAAUAAAUUACUUUUUUUUUUUAAUUUAUUGAGAUGCAACUGUAGACACAUUGGUCACAUAGGGUUAACUUUCAAAAUGUAAUAUAAAAAAUAUUUAAUACUCCAUUUUGAUUGACACUGUUAGAUGUAUUAUUUUGACUGUUUAUUGUAGUUUGCACUGGUGUAAAACCUAAAUGAAUAUCACAGCUCUCUCUGCUUCUGGUUUUGAAACAUAAUGAUUAGAAACACUGAGUGUGAUCACUGUGUGGUUCUACACCACUGCAACAAUCCAGUUCAUCAAGUUUAUUAUGAGAGUGGAUGUUUUUAUACGGUGUGUAGUGAACUGGAAUGAGGAAAAAGACCAACAGGCCAUAUUUGCUUUGUAAAUUCACUGGUUUUAUUAACGCUAUUUUCAUGAGGCUGGAGUCCAAAUUGUGUAGAUAUGCAUACAGAUUGUACCUUGGAAUUUAUUGUGCUAUCAAUUGAAAAAUGAAACAGUCUAUAGUAUUUUA